GAGCACUUUACGGAAGAGAGUGAUCUGCAUUCAGUUCGGUACGUUUGCCAAUAUCAGAUUACUCAUGCCACAGUGGUCCUUUUCUGUUUUCAUGGCAGUUGAAAAUGAUAUCAUUUGUAAUCUUGGCUUGUUUGAUUGUUCAUGAUUCCGAAAGUUGCUCACGUCAAUCUGACUUGGAAACGGACGUUUUAGAUGGAAGCGGAAGCCAGGCGGAUGGCGGGAGUGGAGGUGGAAGGUCCUUAGUUUUGGCCAUUGGAGGAAUCAGAGCACGAAAUGGAUCCCACGAAGUUGGAUCAACUGAGGUGGAUAUCUUGAACGACCAUGGACUGUGUUCUUCAGACACAAGAAUGUCCUUACCAAUUUCAAUUUGUAAGCACAAGGCCAUUCGAUUGGAACAAUUUGGAGCUGUUCUCGUGUGUGGGACGAAAAACUGUAGAUUGGAAACCGAGAAUCUCGGAGAGUUUCAUGACCUUGAGCACGGGAACAACCAUAUUUGUUUGGUCUGGCAACGAGGUUCGAAAUCUCAGUUCGAGCUUUUGCACGCGAUCAAAUCGAGAUUGCCAAUGAAAACUGGAACCGGAAAGUCCAGGGAGUUUGAUUUUGUGAGUACUGGAAAAGACGGACUUAUGUUUCGACAAUCGGGCGAGACUGCAACAUGGAAAGGAAUCAUUGACGAAAGGUUCCAAAUGUUCUGGUAUGAGGUCAAACCACUCCCACAGCCUUUUGAGGGAACUUGCUCGUUGUCAUUAGAUGGGAGAUUUUACAUCUUGGGGGGACACCGGCCAAUGUUUGAUGGAGGCACUCACUUAUCGCCACAUUUGUUACGGUAUGUUGAAACUGAUCUUGGGCAUCAAGUUGGAUGGCAAAUGGUGGAUCCAAUGGACAUUCCAUCCACUAAUAUGGCUUGUGUUGCCUUGGACCAAGGUGUUUUAGCCUUAGGGGGUGAGAACGAAAAACCAAUCAUGUGGUCCAAAAUCAAGGAUCAGUGGAUCAAAUAUGAAGCAAAUCCGUUCUUGGGACAUGAAAUGCAAAAGGGUUCCACGCUCGCCAAAUGCGUGGUCCACGGGCACGAGAGAGUAUUCCUCAUUGGAGGAGAAAGUGAAGGAGGUUCUCGAGUCACUUACCAGAAUCGUUUCAGUAACAAAAUCCGGACUUGGUCACCGCCCAACAAGGAGUGGAACACGAUGGAACAAGUUCUUCAGGAGCCUAGAGCUGAAGUUGCGGUAGUGGAGAUACCGAAGUCUUGGAUACCUUGGUGUUGAUUAAUUUAAUGAAUAAAGUCUUGAAUGCUGAUGA